AUGGCUACGUUCUCUUUCUAUAUUGUCGAAACCCCUAUGCGGCGCAGCAAAAUGGCAAGACAGAUGCCUAAUCCUGCAAUCAUCGCCGUGGGAUUUUGCGUUAUUGCCAUCAGUUGGUGGGGUGCUUCGGCAAUGAAUGCGCGUGCUGGAAAAAUUUCCUUGAGCCAAGUUAGCGCCGAUGCCGAUUUAUGGUAUCCGGAUCGCGGCCCCGCGACGCCAGAUUCCCCUGGUUGUCGUGCCGAUCCGCAAACCAUCAUUCAAGAUGGCGUCGAGAGCGAACGCGAUAUCGAUAAUCUGCAAUGUCGCGAACAGGCUGAAAACUCGCUACACGCAAUACAUCAACGAAUCCAGCCCGGCGACGUGCUUUUCCUCGCCUCAUUGCGCCUGCCUCGCUUUAGCGACCAGUGGGCCUACUUUGCGCAGUCAGCCUCAAGCCAAAUCCCAGCACAGGGUUAUCAGUUUAAUCAACCUGGCGUUCCUGAUUUUCUCGAAAGUUUCUCCGGAUUAUCCCAUGCCGAAGACUGGGGCCGCUGGAGCGAUGGUAACUCGGCACCAGCAGUGGUCCUCUCCUUUAUCCAGCCUUUACCUAAAGGGUUUACGCUGCAGAUAAUCAGUAAAGGCUACGGCCCUAAUAUUGGUCAUCAGGCGCGGGUAAUUGUUGAUAAUGAAGAGCAACGUCUCAAUCUCGGAGAGCAGGCGACGGAAGAUGCAUUGCAUUUCGCUAACCAUGCGGGUGCAAAACGCAUCGAGAUUAUCCCGCCUUCCCCUCAAAGCCCUAAAGACGCCGGUGAGUCCACCGAUGGCAGAAAACUUGGUAUUGGCUUGCUGAGUAUUAAAAUUAUUGCCGAUUAA